ACUUAGACAAAUGAGUUUGCAGAAUAAAAUUUGUAAACAAGAAAGAUAAGCCAAAUAGAUUUCACGGAACUACUACGAAAUUUGUGCUUGACAGUAGGCAGGUGGCGAAUGUUGAUAGUUUAGACAAAGAAUAAUAAGGAAAUAUUGCAUUAAUUAAUGUGCGAUGGCAAAGUUCAAAUAUUACUACGAUUUGCUUUCACAGCCCUCGCGUGCCUUGUGGAUCGCAUUGCGAUUGAACAAGAUUCCAUUUGAGGAUUGUCCUGUGGCGUUAAGAAAGUCAGAACAUCUUAAGCCGGAGUACAAGCAAAUCAAUCGGUUUCGAAAAGUGCCAGCGCUGGUGGAUGGAGAUUUUCAUCUGGGCGAGAGUGUGGCGAUCGUACGCUACCUCGCCGACAAGCAUCAAUUAGGUGACGCAUUCUAUCCAAAGGCAUUGAAACAACGUGCACGCGUCGAUGAAUUUCUAGAAUGGCAGCAUUUGGGUGUACGCCUUGGUUGUACGCUCUAUUUUCGCGAUAUGUGGCUACUUCCCAUUAGCGGCUCUAAGCCCAAACCGAACGCUGAAAAGGCAGCAAAAUUAUGUAAAAAUAUGGAAGUACAACUAAAAAUUUUAGAUGAGAUUUGGUUGAAGGACACCAAGUUUGUGGUGGGCAAUGAAAUGACUGUGGCCGAUUUGUUUGGUGCUUGCGAAGUGGAGCAGACAAAACUGGCACAAUAUGAUGCUGGUAAGAAAUUUCCAAAAAUCGCUGAGUGGUUAAUGCGUGUGCGUGCACAAGCGAACCCGCAUUAUGAUGCAGCACACGAAUUUGUCUACAAGAAAUCUGGAAUGAAACCGGAUAAUUAAAGUGAAUAGUAAUGAUUAUUCAUUGCUUUAUCGCUGCCACCAGAUGACGUCAUUUUUUUUAACUCGUUACGCUUAUUCACAUAAAUUUGUCAAUUUUCAAUAUUU